AUGUCGCUGUACCUCUCGCCGGUCCUCCCGCGCCGUCCUCGCUCAAGCUCCGGCAGCUCCACGGCCGCGACCGCGCAACGAUUCAUCGCGGCCACGUUUGGGAGCCGCAACCGUCCCGGCACGAGCGACGGACACUCUUCCAUGAGCCACCAUGUCAACCCAAUACACAAAUAUGUCAACGGCUCUUCUGCGCAUCCUUCUAGUCAAGUUCAUCCCUUUCAGGACCUCAACUCUGGCGCCGCGGUGCCUUCGUCGUCACUGCUGAUCACGGACGACGGCGACGAGGGACCGGAGUGCCCCAUCUGUGUGGAGCCCCUCAGCCAUCGCUUGCAGGGUGAAAAGGCGCAUGUGACCCCAGUCUGCGGCCAUCAGCUACGUGAGUGCUCCACUUCGGUUGUUCGGUGGCUCGGUGUUGGGGGACCGCCGAUCAGCGAGGGCUGA